CACGCAGCGUGCGUGGCUCCUCCCUUCAUGUCAGCCUGUGUUUUGCAAACAAAGCGAAAGUAAAAAAGCGUCGUCGAGGAACACUGCUGUUAACAUUGUCAAAGAAGAGUUUGUUUUUUAGACAGCGUUAUUGCAACAUUAAGAAAAUAUGACACCCAAACGUGGACUGAUCACUGACACCUAUGAAAUUGUAAAGAAGGCAAGAAGAGGGGGAAAGAGAGACAAGACCCCUUCGCCCCCAAAACCAGAACCUGAGCCCCCGCAACUGGGUGAGCGAGAAAAAGAUCUACAAGAGCUGAAGAAGUUUGAUCUGGACUGGACAUUUGGACCAUGCACUGGUAUCAGUCGAUUGCAAAGAUGGGAGAGGGCAGCACUGCAUGGGCUUAAUCCCCCACAGGAGAUUAAAGAGAUUCUGCUGAAGGAGAAUACUGACCCACAGUACACACAGAGUCUCUGGUGUGACUAUCCCCUCUGAGGAGCAGAUGGAGAAAAACUAAGGAGCAAGAAAAUACUCUUGUAUUGCUUAUUUUGUACCUUAGCUUACACUACAUUUUUAUAAACAUUUUUCUAUUCAGGUGCUAUUUAUGUUGAGUCUCCUGCACUUAAUAAACAAUCUGUGUUUUUUUCACUCGCACAAACACCAGUCACCUAUAUCCUCAAUUACCUUGAGUUUACGUCUUCUUAAUAUGUCCAGGGACUGUUAUGUGUUCUUUUUUCAUAUUUGCAUUACAUUUAUAUUCAAUUUGCAUUUACAGGUAAAUACCAGUUUAAUUUCCACUUUACUGGUUUGCAUAUAACACUGUCCUUUGUCAUCAUGGUGCAGAAGUUAUCAACUGCAUACUUAACAGACUGUAAAAUACUGUAUAUAAAAUUGAUACACUCGA